UGUAUGUUACCUGUGUUCGUUCUUGUUUCAAAAGCAGGUCACAGGUACGUUUAAACAGACCUUUUGACCCCAACCUUUCACCUUUUGAUAUCAAACAAAGUCAUUUGGAGGCCAUUGUACAAACGAACUUCCAUAUCCCGUGCACCCACAGUUAUGUCUGCGGAGAGCGUUUGUUCGGUUCUGUCUCUACUGCUGUUUGUGGUGGUCAGUGUUCCGCCCGGUGUACUGACCACCCCGCUGGACGACUACGUCAACAAGCCGGACCCUCACUACUCCUACCACGAGGUGUUGGAAUGGCGUCUGAAGGGUCCCGGUUACACCAUGUACCUCCUCAACAUGACCUCACAGCAAUGGCUCACAGAAGAGGAAGUAAGCCGUCCGAUCUGGUGGCACUUCCUGACCGUCACUAUCCCAGACAACAUCACCCAUCCUGACGCCGCAUUUAUGUUCAUAGAGGGAGGAAGAAAUGACCGUAAGCACGGAAGGUAUAAUCAACAGCGUAACGUACCCUCGUUUUAUUACCUUCACGAAGAGGGUAUGUUUUUGGUGUCAUCUGUAUGUUUUGUGUGGACCGCAUAA